AUGGCGCCCAUAUCGCACUUCUUGCCCCCCGCCACGAGCUUGUCAGGCGUCGCCCUGCUGGCCUUGGGCUCUGGUGUUCUUUUGUACCUCAUCAGUCGGGCUUUCUACUCCAUCCCGUACCCCAAGGGAAUGGCGCUCGUGGGCGAGCCCCCAGGGGCCACGCGAUUCAGUCUUCGCACGUAUUGGCGGUACUACACAGACUGCCGCGGAUUGUUUCGGGAGGCCUACGAUAACUACUCGAAGAAGGGCAAGCCGGUGGUCAUUCCCGGGCUCGGCUUCCGCCACGAGGUCAUCAUGCCUAUGAAUUCCAUGCGCUGGGUACAGACUUAUCCCGAAACGGCGCUCGACUUGGGCAAAGCGUUCGCCGAGGUCGAUCAGGUGGAGUGGGCACUGGGCCACGAUCGCUACGUCGAUGACGCAUGGCAUGGGGUCCUUGUGCGGACGGAGCUCAACGCCGUGUUGGAGAACAUCUGCGCCAGCUUGAACGAUGAGCUCGGGGUCGCAUUCGACAAAUGGUUCGGGACCGAUCCCGAGUGGAAGGAGAUCGACCUGUUCGAGUCCGUGAAAAUGGUUGUGGCCCAGGCAGCCAGCCGCUUCACCAUCGGUCCCGGGAUUUGCCGGAACGAAGAAUACCUGAACCUGUCGAUCGACAUAGUCAACCAGCUCAUAAUGAACGCAGGCGCUACGGGGGGCAGCCCUCGCGUCCUGCGGCCCGUAGUCGGCACCUUGGUCAAUCUCACACUGCACAGCAAGGUCAACAGGCUCAAGAAGAUGUUCCAGCCGAUCUGGGAGGAGCGCGUCGAGAUCCUCAAGCACGACAGAGACGACCCGGACCACGUCGAGCCGCAAGACCACCUACAGAUGAUGGCCCGCUACGCCAAGGAGCACCGUCCGGAGGAGUUCAACGACAUCGACAUGAUGACGCGGCGCCUCAUCGCCGCCAACUUCGGCUCCAUGCACCAGACCUCCCUCCAGGUCACCAACAUGCUGCUCAACAUCCUGGGCUCCGACGCCGAGUUCAACACCAUCGCCGCCCUCAGGGACGAGGUCGACCGCGUGCUGCACGCCGACGGGGACGGCAACUGGACAAAGGCCAAGGUCAACCGGAUGGUCAAGGCGGACAGCGUCGCGCGCGAGACGCUGCGGCUCAACUCGUUUGGCGGGCGCGCCGUGUUCCGGAAGGUCAUGGUCGACGGCAUCAAGACGCCGGACGGCCAGGGGCUGCCCAAGGGCACCCUCAUCUCCUUCCUCGGCCAGCCGGCGCAGACGGACGGCGAGGUAAUCGAGGAUCCCCUCAAAUACGACCCGUUCCGCUUCUCCCGCAUGCGCGAGGACGCCGCCGCCAGGGACGAGAAGGCGCCCGCCGUCUCCUUCGUCACGACGAGCCCCGAGUACCUGCCCUUCGGCCACGGCAAGCACGCGUGCCCCGGCCGGUUCCUCAUCGACUUUGAGCUCAAGAUGAUCAUUGCCUAUUUGCUGGGGCACUACGACGUGGAGUUCCCCGCCGAGUACAACGGCAAGCGGCCGGAGAACUACUGGCUGACCGAGGCCUGCUUUCCGCCAGAUGGGGCGAGGGUCCGCAUACGGAGAAAGAAGAAUGCCGACGGCAAAUAG